AUGGAGAACAGAACAGAAAUGACACAAUUCAUUCUCCUGGGACUAAGCAAUAACCCAGAACUGCAAGUUCCGCUCUUCAUCAUGUUCCUCCUCAUCUACAUCAUCACUCUGGUUGGGAACUUAGGGAUGAUUGCUUUGAUUCUCCUGGACUCUCGUCUCCACACUCCCAUGUACUUUUUCCUUGGGAACCUGUCUCUGGUGGACUUUUGUUACUCCUCAGCUGUCACCCCCACAGUGAUGACUGGGCUCCUUCUAGGAGACAAGGUCAUCUCCUACAAUGAAUGUGCUGCUCAGAUGUUCUUUUUUGUAGCUUUUGCCACUGUGGAAAAUUAUCUCUUGGCUUCAAUGGCCUAUGACCGCUAUGCAGCAGUGUGUAAACCCCUACACUACACCACCACCAUGACAUCAAGUGUUUGUGCAUGUCUGGUCAUAGGGUCCUAUAGCUGUGGUUUUCUGAAUUCUUCUAUCCAUAUUGGGGACACGUUCAGUCUCUCUUUCUGUAUGUCCAACGUGGUCCAUCACUUUUUCUGUGAUAUUCCAGCAGUCAUGGUGCUUUCUUGUUCUGACAGAUAUGUUAGUGAGAUGGUACUUGUUUAUGUUGUGAGCUUCAAUAUAUUCUUUGCUCUUCUGGUUAUCUUAAUAUCCUACCUGUUCAUAUUUGUCACCAUCCUAAAGAUGCGCUCAACCACAGGACACCAGAAGGCUUUGUCCACCUGUGCCUCUCACUUCAGUGCAGUGUCCAUCUUCUAUGGGACCAUUAUCUUCAUGUACUUGCAGCCCAGCUCCAGUCACUCGAUGGACACAGACAAAGUGGCCUCUGUGUUUUACACUAUGGUCAUUCCCAUGCUGAAUCCUGUGGUCUACAGCCUUAGGAAUAAGGAAGUGAAGAGUGCAUUUACAAAGAUUUUUUGGAAAUAA